AUGGAAAGCUGUUGUGAAACAUGUUUUAGAACUAAUGUUCCUUUAAAGAAAUGUUCUAAGUGCAAAACAACUUACUACUGCUCAACUGACUGCCAGAAAUAUGAUUGGCCAACACAUAAAAGCAAUUACAGCAAGGUAGGCAGUAAGAAUAAAAAGAAAAGAAAUAGAAGAAAAAAGCGUAAGAAUGUCAACAGUGUCAACAUAGAGAAUGACGGAGCCACUAGCAAGACAGACGUCAGGGAUGAGAUCAACAAAAAGGAUAGUGACACAAAGGCUAGCAAGGGAAACACUGGAAAUGUGAACUAUAAAGACAAAGAUGGUGGAAUGGACAGUGAGAAGGAAUCCAGCAAGAAGGGGAAGAGUCAAAAACGGACGGUCCAGGAGCAUCAUGGAUAUAGAGUCCUCAAGCACCUCUUGUAUAGAGUUGUAUCAGAAGCAGCCAUCAUUACUCUUCCAAAGGGUGACCAACUGAGAUUAUGGAUAUUAUGCAAUCAACUCAUUCUUGGUCUACCUCUAAAUGUGUUGCUGAUUGGUCUGGCUUGA